CGCAAUCAAAGCUAUAGUCAGUCAUACAUAGAACGGACGCCAGUUGCUCGUGCGCAACAUUGCUUGUUAUAAGUUUUCCAGUUUUCAGGAAAAAACGUGAAGAAAAAAUUUUUUUGUGACAAAAGUGAUUUUAUUAAUAUAAUAAUCUCUUCAAAAUAUGAGUGAUAAAAUAAAGAUGGAACAAAUAAACGGUGCUAUUGAUUUGCCUUACGUGGCUCAUACUUCUGAAGAACUGGGCAGAUACCUCGUCGCCUCUCGGGACCUGGCUCCAGGUGACUUGGUCCUAACAGAAAGACCUCUGGUCUUUGGUCCUAAGGGCAUGCUGGAUCCAGAGGAAGUAAUGCCUUGUGUUGGCUGCUACAAGCCUGUAUUAACUGAAGCUGGGGAACGGUGUGCCAAGUGUGGCUGGCCAGUUUGUUCAGGAAACUGUCCAGGAUUAAAAGAUCCAAGGCAUCAUGCUGCAGAAUGCGAGAUACUAAGUCUAAGAUCAGAAUGUGCGCUCAAUGACAUGGCUGAUUACUAUAGACACGAUGCCUUACUUCCAUUAAGGUGUGUGCUGCUGCAGAAGACAGAUCCUGAAGGUUGGAAAAAAUUGCUAGAAAUGCAAUCACAUAUGGAGUGUCGAACACCAGGAACGGAAGCUUAUGAUGAGGCGAAUGAAUUCAUCGUCGAGUACUUAAUGAAUAACUUCGUGAGCAAACUUGAUGAGAAACAGAAGAAAACAUUUGAAAUUACCGCUGAAUUACUUCACAGGAUAUGUGGAAUCAUUGACACGAAUGCUUUAGAAAUCCGUUUGCCUCAAGGAUCUGAAUUGAAUGCGCUAUACGCGGAAACUUACAAAAUGGAACACAGCUGUGUACCUAAUACUAAGCAUACUUUCAAUCUUUCCGCAAAAGACAGGAAAGAUUUGUACAAAAUAACUAUAAAAGCCGUGGUACCAAUAGUUAAAGACCACCACAUAUCGACAAUGUACAGCCACGCGUUAUGGGGAACCCAAGCCAGAAGGCAACAUUUGAAAGACACAAAAUAUUUCGCUUGUAAAUGUCCAAGAUGCAGCGACCCAACUGAAUUGGGUACUUAUUUAAGUGCAAUGAGAUGUUUAGGUGAUGGUAACAAUUCUUGUGAUGGAAUUCAUUUACCAGAUGAUCCUUUAGACGACGAAACUGAUUGGUCUUGUAACAAAUGUCCAGCAAAAGUUAGCAAUUCUCAAGUUAACAUGGUUAUAUCACAAAUGGGAGAAGACGUCGAGAAUGUUUUAAUGAUGGGUGGCUCAGUUACUGUAUUAGAAAACCUUCUAUUUAGACUGUCAAACUUUUUACAUCCUAACCAUUAUCAUCUGUAUACCAUAAAGCAUUCAUUAGUACAAUUGUAUGGAAGACAACCUGGUUAUCAAACGAAGGAGAUUUUAGAAAAGAAAAUCAAAAUGUGUAGGGAACUUAUAGCUGUUACCAAGGCUUUGGAUCCAGGGAAUGCAAGACUUAGUUUGUACAAUAGCGUUUUGCAGCAUGAACUACAUUCUGCUUUAGUUAUGAAGUUUAAAAAUGGUCUAAAAGAUGAAGAAGUAAAACCUCUACUGAUUGAAGCUAAACUAGCAGUCGAAGAUGCAUUAUAUUCACUUAAAGAUGAUAUAGAAGAAGUUUCUGGUAAAAAACUACAAUGCGUUAUUGAAGAUAGCAAACACCAAUUUGAAAAGCUAUGUAAACAAAAGAAUUUGGUUAUUUGAUAUUUAAGGCUUUAUUUAAG